AAUAUGCCUAUCCGUCCUCUUUGCCCUGAAUUGGCACUUAUAGCCGAAAAGGAAUUAAACGAAGAUCCCAAACGUAUUGAAAGUGACAUCCAACAUAUCAGAGAAUGGAUUUCCAAGCAACCGCAUUUGCACGCCAGAACAGACGACCAAUGGAUUGUAACAUUUUUACGAGGCUGCAAAUACAGUUUAGAGAGAACGAAGGAGAAGAUAGACCUCUAUUACUCAAUGCGCAGUUUAGCACCUGAAAUUUUUUUCCACCUAAAACAUACUGACCCAAAAUUUAUGGAAAUUCUGGAAUCAGGGGCUUACCUUCUUCUUCCAAAAUUGGCUGCACCCAAUGGGCAACGCAUUUUCUUUGCCAAACCCUCUUUACUCGAUAGUGAAAAAUACAAAAUGAUGGAUGUUUUCGCUGUAACGAACGUUAUGCAAAGGAUAAUGCUUAUAGAUGAUGACAAUACUGUGGUUGCGGGAUCUCGAUCAGUGAUGGAUAUGGAAGGUUUGAAUAUGUCAUUCUUCAUGCAAAUGACACCUUCUAUGAUGAGGAAAAUGACUGUUUACACGCAGGAAGCGAUGCCUUUGAGAUUCAAAGGGGGCCAUUACAUUAAUGUUGGAAGUGGAUUUGAAAAAAUUUACGGCAUUAUGAAAUCAUUUUUGAAUGAAAAAAUAAAAAGCAGGCUUCAUGUGCACAAUACGAACCAUGAGGAGCUAUACAAACAUGUACCGAAAGAGAUCCUGCCCGCUGAAUAUGGUGGAAACGGCGGUACCACGCAAGAAAUUGUUGAUUACUGGAAAAAGAAGAUUCAAGAGUACAGUGCUUGGCUGGAAGAGGAUAUGCAGUACCGUACGGAUGAAUCUAAGAGACCUGGGAAACCAAGGUCGGCGGAAGAAAUGUUUGGAACUGACGGCUCAUUUAGGCAAUUGGAUUUUGAUUAA